CAUAGCUUCAGACGCCGCCCUCGCCCAUUGCGCCGUGACCUGUUGCUCACAACACACCGAAUCGACUGCCACUGAGUUGCCUUACAUGGCCGAUCCAUUCGACGCAUAACAACAGCUCCUGCUUUCGUAGAAGCGCCAGCCUGUCAAUUGCGCCGCUGCAGCUACCGAUGAGCUCGACAUCGGUCUCCACCUCACUCUCCUGCUCCCGGUGAACGUGCAGCCACUCGAGUUACGGAGUACAUCUCUACACACAUUGCCUUUUUGGUUGUGAGUACCGACGACUCAAGACUUGCACAUUACCUCAACAAUGGCUGUUGCGCCAGCUCAGCCAGGGACGGGCGCAAACCCCCUCAGCGUACCGAACCCCACAAAACUCGACAAACUAAGGGAAGCCGUUGCGCAACCGGUCGUUGCGUCCUUCAUCGCUGGAGGAGUUGCUGGCGCUGUUUCUCGAACCGUCGUUUCGCCCCUCGAGCGCCUCAAGAUCCUGUUCCAAAUUCAAAGCGUUGGCCGCGAAGAAUACAAAAUGUCAGUGCCAAAAGCGCUGGCAAAGAUGUGGAGGGAGGAGGGCUGGAGAGGCUUCAUGGCUGGCAAUGGAACUAACUGCAUACGAAUUGUUCCCUACUCCGCUGUGCAGUUCAGCGCAUACAACGUCUACAAGAGGUUCUUCGAGAGCGAACCAGGCGCCCCACUAGGCGCAUACCAGCGGCUACUCUGCGGUGGCCUUGCUGGCGUCACAUCCGUAUCCUUCACAUACCCACUCGAUAUCGUGCGCACCAGAUUGUCCAUCCAGUCCGCGUCGUUCUCCAGUCUCCAGAAGGAAGAAGGCAAGAAAUUGCCAGGCAUGUGGACGCUCUUGGUGGGCAUGUACAAGACAGAAGGUGGACUCCCCGCACUUUAUCGAGGCAUUCUUCCCACCGUGGCUGGAGUGGCCCCAUACGUCGGCUUGAACUUCAUGGUGUACGAGCUGGCACGCACACAAUUCACGCCCGAAGGCCAAAAAGAUCCCAGCGCGAUUGGCAAGCUGGGAGCGGGUGCUGUUUCCGGCGCCGUAGCGCAGACCAUCACAUAUCCAUUCGACGUGCUGCGACGACGCUUCCAGAUCAACACCAUGAGCGGCAUGGGAUACAAAUACGCAGGCAUCGGCGACGCGAUAAAACAGAUCGUCAUGACAGAGGGUCUCCGAGGACUGUACAAGGGCAUCGUGCCAAACCUGCUCAAGGUCGCGCCCAGCAUGGCAAGCAGCUGGCUCAGCUUUGAGAUGACGCGAGACGCGCUCAUGGGAUCGUGGAACAACGGCUUCUUAUAGAGCGCAUCAUGAUUGGCUUCCAUGCCAGCACCAAUCUCCAGCAAGGACUAGAAAGAGACAACGAUACAGUACAACGCACAAGGACUGCAUUGCACUGCUGCAUGGGGGGGGGGGGG